UUCCGGUGUUGUCAUAGAUUAAAAACAAUAUUAUAAAUAUUAUUUACGUCAAUUUCGUUUGAACGCUUUUUUGGUUGGAUUUUGAAAAUGUUGCUAUUGUUUACAGCCAAGUCGAUAAGUGGAAAUGAGGCUUUAGAAAUAUAAUACUUUAGAAUGUAACGAAGAGAAGGAUCGAUAAAGAAUAGACAUUUUACAAUCUGAACGUCAAAGGUAAAUGCGUGACGUAGUACAUUUCACAACAUUGAAGCAAUGAUUUGUUUUUGUAUAUAUUCCAUUUAUCAAACUCCGGUGUGUGUCUUUGACUCCAGAUAACAAUAAAAAAAAAAUUUUAAACGCAUACAAUUCUUUACGGUAAGUCGUGAAGUACUCCACUGCGCGAUAACAAACGAAAACGAAAGUAGAAUUUAUUCGAUGUAAACCACGCCUCUGGCAAAUCAGCUUUGAGCUCAAAAUGUUCUUUUAUGGAUCGCCCGUAGCAUGUUAAAAGGCCAAGGCACGACAGAACAUCAGCAAAGAGAGCAAGGUGUGACACAAUCCCUUCAACAAGAAGAACCAAUGGAAGUGGAUGCAAUUAGUGAGUGUGUUAUAUGCAUGGACUUUGUACAAAACAAGAAGACCUUGGAAAAAUGUUCACAUGAGUUUUGUAGAGACUGCAUUGACAGCCAUUUCAAGUACAAACCACAAUGUCCCAUAUGUUUUACUGCAUAUGGAAAGAUUAUGGGGACACAGCCUGAUGGUUACAUGGAGAUAAACCGAGACAGGAGACAGCAGCUGCCUGGGUUUGCAGAGAAAGGCAUCAUUCGUGUAUACUACUCAUUCUCUGACGGGACACAGGGGCCAGAACACCCAAACCCAGGACAGCGUUACUAUGGUACCAGUCGUACUGGCUAUCUUCCAGACAAUGAUAAAGGUCGGGUCGUAGCGAGGCUGCUAAGGGUGGCAUUCAACAGGAAGUUAGUGUUCACUGUCGGGCGAUCACGAACAACAGGGGUAGAUAACUGUGUAACAUGGAAUGAUGUUCAUCAUAAAACGUCCCCGACAGGUGGUCCGGAAAAUUUUGGCUAUCCAGAUCCCACCUUUUUAGACCGAGUGUUGGAGGAACUGGCCGCUAAAGGCGUGACCCUGGAGGACCUGCACGAAGUGCCAGAAGAUGUCAUUAAAUGACGCAGAAGUGCAUAGUGUUGUGUGCACAUAUCGAUGUAGACAGAAAAACAAAGAGGUGUAAAGACUUUGUCGAGAAAAUAGUUUUUAAAAAAGGGCGCCUUCUGAUAAAUAAAAAAAGGGAAGGGUUGUUGGAGAGAAUGAUGCGUUUAAUUAAUUGUUUGUACAUUUCAAUACAAGAUUUUAUGCUUUGAAGUGUGAUUGAAGCUGUGGUCAUUUCAUACAUUGUACAUGCAUGGACCACAUGUACAGUAUCUCGUCUGCAGAAUGUAUGUUUCUCACUUUAGCAACUUUAUGUCUUAUGUCAUAUGCAAUUUUAAAAAAAAAAGUGAAAAAAGAAAGCUUUGUUAAAAAAGAUUAACAAAUGAUUCAUUGUAUUUUUACAAGUUGAAUUUUUAUUAAAAUUUAUGAAGUUUUUUG